GAUAGAGGUAGAUACAAAGGUAAACAGUCAAAGAGAUGGGAAAAGGUGUAGGCACAAAGACCAACUGGACUGGAAAGGCAAAUAUAUCUUGGUAGGUAACAAAGAAAAAAGAUAAUAAUCAACAUAGAGAAAGGUUAUUGUGCCAAGAUUAAAGGUUAAAAGUUAUAGCAUUACCCUCUAAGAUGGCAGAAGAAAAGAAAGGCACAGACACAAUGAAGGAGCUUAGGGAUUGGCUGGUGACCAAAUGUCGGCUGCCUGGCUUCAGUACUUCCUUCGACAGGGGUGAUAACUCUAGGGGAAACGGCCGCAGCGGAUCGUGCGACCGCGGAGGUCACAGCGGUGGGAUGGUCAACUGCCAACAGCAACAGUUCACCGCCAAUGUUGUCACGCCAAGGACGAUCCCACAGUUCGUCAUUCCAGGCUCCAACGAUUCCUCCAGGCAGCCCAGCAUCGGCUCCAACGACGAUCUGCAUAGUCACUCCAGUGGAGAUCCCAGCGUCAACUCGUGGUCGGCGUCUACCAGUCCAGGUGUCUCACCUCGCUCGUCUUUCUCAGCCCUUGCGGCUCCGGAAAACACCCUCGUGAGAAUCCGGUCCGCCCCAGUCUCUCCGCGUCGAGAUUCUCAUGGGUUCCUCAGAGACUUCGGCAUCAGAUCCAUGUCUAACUUGCCUCAUGUGCAGGUGGACCAAGCAGCCCCGACCACUAACGGCCACCACACCACGAAGAGUUUCAGAUCAAACAGUGGAGGCACGUUAGCCACUCUGGGGGCGCCUGUCAUUCCCAGCGUUUCUCAGAGAAAAGGGUCUUUGACAAUUCCCGGAUCAGAGUCCAGACCGAGACACAGUCGCAGAAUGCAUCGAUCCUCACAAGAUUUCUACUCCGAAGAUCGUAACGUGUCCUCCGAUUUGCUCCACGUUAAUCACUUAACAGCGGAGUAUCGAGGCACAUACUCGGGGUUGACAGACAAAAACGAGUACUUGCCCAUGAAAGAAUCAUUCCGGCGCUCAAAGCGGUACUACAGACGGCGUUCCUCAUUGGUAACAUCAGACGUCAUGAGGCUUCUUUACCAUCAGCACUCUGCGGACAGCACAAACUCUCCUAACGGCAGUCCAUACCACAGUCGAGGCAGAAAGCAGCUAGCACCUAUUGAUCCGUUACAAGACAAGAGACACUCUUCUCCUGAAGUGAGCGUGACAGAAGCUAAACAAAGCUCGGAAGAAAAACACUCGGGAUUAGAAAAGGCCAAAUCUAAUUCUCUUGCAAAUCUCGCUUCUCACGCUGCUGCUACUCAGACUGAGCCUUGCGCUAAGACCGUGACUGAAAGGGGCGAUAUUAAAUUCUCAUUCCAGUACUUUCCCGCUACAAAAAGACUUAAGGUCAUCAUUAUACGAGCUGAGGGGCUUCGGUUUCCUGAGAAACCUGAUCUUGUUUUGAAUCCUUUCAUGAAAAUCUGCCUGAUGCCUGGAAAACUCCAAAAACAAAGCUCGGAGCCGGCUAAACAAACCUGUGCCCCCAUGUUAAACAAAGAGUUCUUCUUCACGGACCUGAAUCUAGAAGAGAUGAAGAACUUACGACUCCGAAUCAUGGCUUUCCAUAAAGCUCAUCACCUCAAGUUGCCAGAAUACCUUGGUGAGGUCAACGUGCCUUUAUCCAACUAUGACUUACUGAUGGAAAACCGAAUGUGGAAUGACUUGCAUUUCAAGCCCUACAAAAAGGAUCUCGGUCACCUGCAGGUGGAACUGCUGCUUGAUUCCCGCUUGGCGCGUCUCCUGGUGGGAGUGUCGCAGGCCCGAGGGCUGCCCUCACAUCAUCUGACCGGGGCUCCAGAGUAUCCCCGUCUGACGGCUGUGAUGUUGUACACACAUCAACUCUGGUGGACCAAGCUGGGCACAGUCGCUGCCGCCCGCCUACUGAACAACCUAGACUGUGUCAAUAGCGACACAUAUCGGGGGCCGUUUAUGAUGGGCUACGGGGGCUCCUUCACGGAGAUAACUAUCAACACUCGCUCCAAAGCCUUAAGCCUCACGCGAAUUGUCUUUGAAGUACACGACCGCGACCGCCUUAGAGGUGACCCUCUGAUUGGUCACGUGAUGAUGGGUCAAGGGUCAACGGAAGAGAGCGUGAUGGAACACUGGGACGAGGCCAUGGUGGGCAACGGACGCAAGAUCUGCCGCUGGCAUUACAUCAUGGAGAAGGGAGAAACUCACGAUGUGUGA